GCGUGUUGCGUUGCCAGGAUACAGCAGCACCUAGUUGCCAGCUCCAUGGUUGCUAGCUGCUAACAGGCAUUGACGCAGAUAAAGGCGUUCAGAGUGAACUCAGACAGUUAGAGAGAUAUUUCAAACAAACAAGGAGAGUCACUUUAUCGUUGUAGGCGCUUGUAUCCGUUCAAGCGUGCGUUUGUUGUCUCGGACGGUUUAAAACCUCCGGUGGUGUGAUUCGUUGUUAGAUGCUAGCUGGGUGGCCAAUGCUAGUCGGUCAUAAAACCUGUAGCAGCAGUUAAACGGUUCACUCAGUCUUAAGUGCAUCUAACGGGUAGACACAUUUCUGGAACCUUAGCUAGCUAGUUGGUUUCACCCGGUAAUCCGUUAGCGUCCUAUGGAGCGGGCUGGCCGGGGGAAAGACACCCGACUGCUGAAGAACCAGCCGUACGACGAGAGCCUGGAGGUGAAUGACCCUGAUGAGGAGGCGAGCGUCUACAGCCCGAUUCCCCUCAGCCAGCGUCAGCCAGAGUCCAGGAGGAGCAGGAAAGGGCGUGGCCUGAUGUCGGCCAACAGUGACGAGUUUACUGAGGACCUCAAGCAAAAGAGGCCCAACAAGCCCGCCGGCGGCCUGCCUGGCGUCAGUCCGAACGGAGAGGAGGAGGAGGAGGACGACGAGGAGGAGGAGGAAGAGGAAGAGGAGGACUCCGAUGAAGAUGACUCAGACGAUGACGACGAGCUGGGCGAGGCCCCCGAGGGCGCGUACAACCCCGCCGACUACGCCAACCUGCCCGUCAGCACCGAGAUCAAAGAGCUGUUCCAGUAUAUCACACGCUACAGCCCUCAGCCCAUCGAGCUGGAGCACAGCCUGAAGCCCUUCAUCCCAGAAUUCAUCCCAGCUGUCGGUGACAUCGAUGCCUUCCUGAAGGUGCCGAGGCCGGACGGUAAAGCGGACGACCUGGGUAUGCUGUGUCUGGACGAGCCCAGCGUGAAACAGUCGGACCCCACGGUGCUGUCGCUCUGGCUGUCAGAGGAGACCAAGCAGCACGGAGCCAGCGAGUUGAAGAAGGUGACGAGUGUAGCCAGCCCCCAGUCCAACCCUCGGGCGGUGGACAGCUGGGUGGAGAGCAUCAGCGCGCUGCACCGCUCCAAGCCCCCGGCCAGCGUGCAGUACAGCCGCGCCAUGCCGGACAUCGACAGCCUGAUGCAGGAGUGGCCCGCCGAGCUGGAGGAGCUGCUGGGCCGCCUGCAGCUGCCGCCCGCCCGCCUCAACUGCAGCCUGGCCGAGUACACCGACGCCAUCUGCGGCCUGCUGGACAUCCCCGUUUACGGCAGCCGGAUCCAGUCUCUGCACCUGCUGUUCAGCCUCUACCUGGAGUUCAGAGACUCGCAGCACUUCACGCGCAGAGCUUAGGAAGAGGCUGGAGGAUCUACAUCAGAGGGACACGCCUGGGGGGGGAGAUGGAGGAAGAACUGAAAGCUGACAUCCUGAUUUUAAAGUCUGUAUUCCGGCUGCUUUGCUUAUGUUCCUCAAAGUGUCACAGACAGGGUUCAAAAUUAACUUUUUCAUCCACCAAAUGGAUAGAUAGAUUACUGUCUUUUUUUGGGCCGGUGAGUGAAGCAAAUUUUCCAGCCCAUUGCAUAUUUUAGCAGCAUUUGGCUGGUAAACUGUGCUAAUUUUGAGCCCUGGUCCCAGCAGUUGUUUAUUGGUUCAGAAAUUCUGGGAUCAUAAGUGAGACAUUCUCAGUUUGUGUUCUGUUUUCCUUUUAUACUGUCAAACUUUCAAAUAUAUUAUAACCUUAUACAGCAGCUAUGACGUCUAAUUCCUUUGCACAAUAGCUAUCGCUCAGGUUAGACCAACGAACUGAUAGCUAGAGCAACCGAGGGAAGUCGUCCAUCACACAGAGCUGGUUUUAAGUCGUCACGGUAUGAAGAAGAGAAAAAAAAAAGUGUUCUGGGAUUGGCUCCCACAGACCGUUCCCCAACUCCUAAAAUACCAACGCUUUGUCUGGGUCUGAUAUCCAUGCACACAUGCCCGGACCGGCUAUUGACUAAGGACAGAGAAGCUUCUAUUAGACACACAGCAGGAAUGUGACUUCAUUCUCUGCUCAGGACACCAUUAUACUCCACUAUAUCUUUAAAUACAUGGCAAAUAUACCAGCACAUUUCACCUAGCAAUCUCAAUAAUGAACAGAAACAAAUUCAAGAAAAAUGUGUGAAAAGUAAUCUGGGGAAGUUUUUUUUUGCCCCAUCGGUGCUCGGAUGCUGGCCUACAGUAUACUUCUAGUUCUUUAGCCACAUUUUCAUGAUUGCGUGUUACUUACUAAAGGAAGAGUAUGAAGGGGUUUUCAACAUUGUGGUGAUUAGUACUUUUGCUGCGCUCCAUUUACCUUCCCUUUUAAGUCAGAGGUCAGAAGUGGGAAUGACAUCCCACCAAGUUGACUGCGUUCCUGUUGCAAGUCAGAAAUAAAACGGGCUAGGGGGAAUCUAGUUAGCAACAUUGAUAAUCCAUGUGCGGUCAUUUGCGCACGCAAACGCCAUGUCCCCAGAUAGCAGAUGGGACAAGUACUGUGUGUACCGCCCAGCACACAGGAAACAUUGGAUCUGCUAUUGUAGCCCCGAGUUACAGUGGAGCUAUAUGCUAUAUUGAUGGCUGUGGAAUGGGUGGGAGA